AUGAGCGAAGCCACGAGUAUUAGAAGACCAGUGGAAAUCCCAGAGUUCAAAGAGGUCAUAAGCGAUCUUCCAGAUCAACAAUUGUCUAAAAUUCGGGCCGAACUAGAAAAUAGUGUGAAACAUCUGGAUCGCUCAAAUCUGCGUCUCAAGAAAUACAUAGCGAAGAUUGAGGGCAAACGGGAAGACACCCCGGACGGUGUAGACGAAGAAGAGCUCGACAAGAUCGACGCCAACGAUCUACAGUUGUUCGAGGACUCUUACCACGAAAACGAAAUAGUGCUGAAAAACCACUACGAAAGAAUCGAGGCGCUUAACCAGGAAGAGUCUUACCGUGCCAGUGGAUCCAAGGAACCUCCAACGGCAGACGCCCAGAAGAAGGCCAAAAUCAGAGCCGCAUCUUUCGACACCGACAACACCAAUGGUGAUGCCAAUGCCGUGAACAGUGUAUACUUGUGA